CUAAAGCUCAGCAGAUACUACAAUCAGCGUUGGAUCUGGGAGAUAGCAAUCACGCCCCCAUAAUGAUCAUAUAUCCUCGCGCUAGUCGGCCCUGUGAAGCAGUAGUGUCAGACGGCAGCGGCGCGGAGGGAAAGGCGGCCAGAAACUACUCCCUGGACUCGCUCGCCCUCUUGCCCUCCUUGUCGAGAAUCAUUAAGAUUUGUAUUGCGCGCCACGGAGACUUCUACGGGCCGCCGCCAGAGGUCACUCGCCCAACCAAAACAAUGGCCGUUCUUGUCGGCGGCAGAUGACGCGAACGACUCCACGUCACAACAGUGCUCUUGGUACUAUGGCGACCCUGCGUCAGGUGUCUAGGGAUGAGGAGCUCGAGGCUCUCAGGGACAAGAUGACCCAAUACCUGCCCUUCUCUGCUGGGAUCCACGGGUACGUCGAGGUGAUACUGAAGUGCCAGUUGCAACAGAUACUUGACGUCAAGGUGUACAUUCCCGAUGCACCUCAACAACCUUCGUCUCUUGCUCUGGUCACGCCCUCGUGUUCGCAACCAAACAUACAGAGUGUGACGAUCUUCUGGGACACGGAGAAGGAGGACGACGAGGAUGUUGUAAGAAUGCUGAAGACUCUGCCUCACUGGGACUGGUCUGCUCCUACUUACUUCAAAUUUAGCCCUACGGCCGUUUAUAAUAAGUUGCAACAGUUCAUGACGGAUGGAAUGCUUACAAUCGGACAGAUGUGGUGUUACAAGAUAAUUCAUGGACAUCUUUUUGCAAUGGAUAACCCAGAUGCUCCGCAUUUCAAGAUUCCUGAAGGAUUUUCGAUCGACAGUCUCCAACCCGAGGACAUACCGACCAUCGUUUCACAGUGGAACAGCAGACGGCUUGAGACCCAAGCAGGCCUGGAGUCUCUCGUGGCCAAGCUGCCCUCCGUGGCCAUCCGGAGUCGCCAGGCAGACGGCAACGAAGACCCAACCCGACAGGAUGCAACGGGAAGCUCUCUCGUCGCCUGGAGCUUCCUUUACCACGUCGGUAUUUUGGCCAACAUCUUCACCAUGCCCGAGCACCGGCGCCGCGGGCUGGGCAGGGCGGUGGCGCUCACCAUGGUCGAGAAGCUCCGCCAGAAGAAGCUGCCGGUGCGCUCGGUCGUGGACGGCUCGAACGGCGUCUCCAUCAGAUACCAUGAAAAACUGGGCUUCAGGAAACAAUGCGACGUGAAAGUAUUCCUGAUGUUGCCUGUUGGGAAAACGAUGGAGGAUUAUAAGAAUGUAUAAUUGCACAGGAUGUAAUACUUGAGUUGAUGAUCAGUGUCAGAUUCUUAAAUAACAUACGUAUCAACUAAUAAAUGAAUAGAUGCGCAGUGAAAGCAAUGGAAACCAAGAAUAAGGAAAUGAAAGAGGCGUAUCUGUGCUUCCAUAGGCCUUAUCUGAAGUGGCUCGUUUUCCCCUGCAUCGUGAGUGGCUUGAUCUCUUAUUGCCAGAAAAUCAACAGGAAGUUGGUGAAGGUGGUUCAUGAUUGCUUCUCGGCUCUAUGAAUUAAUUCAGAAUGUUAAAUUCCGUUUUCCUUGAAUGCUGCAGCGAGAUUGUUUGAUGAUUUCAAACAAUAUGUCUUUAAAUGCAAAUUAAAGUACAUAAACAAUUUUCAACUGCUACCAAGGAUAAAACUUGAAGGUGUCUAGAUAUGAAGGCGAAAGUAGAAAUAUUGAAAGAAUUUUUAGAUUUUGAAAAAGUUAUAACAAUCUGUCAUGAAAAUGUAGGUUAAAAAACGUUUUCCUGCCAUAUACAGGUUACAUUUGACUGAUAUGUUUGAAAUAUGUGUUAUGUACAAUGAAGGUAUUUGUAUGUCCUGGAUUCCAUCUUCACGUCUAAAGAUAGAAUCCAGGAGGAUUUCGACUGUUGUCCCUUUUAUUUCAAUAAAUGUCGUCUGUG